CUUAACUAAACGUUCAGAUUAUAUAUUUAUAACGGUUGCGGAUCCCCCUCCGCUUCAGAAUGGAUUAUUCCAGUUCUCAUCGCCGGAGCGAAUCGAUCGUUAAGCUGAAUCUGUUUCAGCACCGACUGAAGUGAUAUCACGAGUCUUCAGAACUUUAUUUAUUUUGUCGACUGUCACAGUGGGGGGAAAUUAUGGAGGACCAGAAACUGGAAGAUCCACUUAAUAAAGUGUCUCUGAUCAAAGAUGAGCUGAGCAGGAGCACUGUGGAGGCCAGUGAGUCAGAGAAGAUCAUCCAGCGGCUGAACCAGGAACUGCAGGAGGCUCAUGAGCAGGCCAACACGAGCAAACACAAGUGUGUCGAGCUUCAAGGUUUCUUAGAAGAGGAGAAGAGAGCGAACAAGCAGCAAGCAGAGGAGUCAGCAAAACAGAUGAAGGUCUUACAGACUCAGCUCCAAAAGAUGAAAGAAGAAAUGGAGAAUCUCAGGGAUCAGAAGGAGAGUGAGGUAUUCGGCAUGGGACAGGAAUUGCACACAGCUCAGGAGGAAGUGCAGGUGUUGCGCCGGACUAUGGAGAAAAUGGCAGCCGAACAAAAGCACGAGGUCAGCGCGCUGAAGGGGAACCUCGCUACGCUCACCUCCGAGCUGGAGAAAUGGCAAUUGGCCGCGAACAAGUAUGAAUGGGAACUUGACAGUGUACAGGCCACUCACCAGCAGCUAAACCAGCAGAGAGACAAAGCUUCCAAACAACAAGCCAGUGAGUUGGAGGGUCUGCAGAAGGACUGUGAGAGCCUGCGGAGAGACUGUGCAUCUCUGAGAUCCGAGAGAGAUCAGCUGGCUGAAAAACAGCAGAAAGAGAAGAUCGGCCUGCAGAAUGAGAACAGCAGCCUGCGCUCGGAGAGAGAGCAGUUACUGAAGAAACAGCAGCAAUUAGAGAAAGAGCUAGAUAGCUUCAAAAAACAAAACGCAAGCCUAAGCAGCACAGUCACGACCCUGGAAAAGACGCAGGCAGACUUGGAGAAACGUCUGAGAGCCCUGCAGGAAGAACACCAGAAAGACACCGGCCAGUUCAAUAGCCAGCUGGAGCAAAGCAACAGCAGGAUCAAAGAACUGCAGAAAGAGUACGAGGACAUCCAGGCAGAGCUGUCGGGCCUGAGGGAGAAGCAUGAGAAUGCAGAGGAGGAGAAACGUUCAAUCAGUCUGGAGCUACAGCACAGCCAAGAGCGCCUGAGGCUACAGCAGGACAAAGAAAACCAUCUGUCUUUAUUGCAGCCCAUCCUAGCCGUAGCCAUCGGCCUUGUCCUGGCUUUGCUGUAUUGGUGCUUGGGCCCAUUGUGGUAGAAAGGGUAAAUGGAUCAAGUGGAUGCCCGUCGCCGCCACUGUCACUGUUGCUGUGACGUCGUAUUUGCUCUUAAAGACCUCAAAAUGAUGAACCAGUAGCAAGCACCCAUCGUGGUAAACGAUGUGCACCUAGUAGUUGUUUCUUUUACACAUUGUACCCUUGUAGUCUGUGU